UUUACUUAUGACCAUGUAUGUUUUAAUUAUUUACAGGGAGCCAAAUGAAGAAUGUCCCCAGUAAAAUGUUAAAAUUGUUGCAUUUAGGUUAAUGUUCAUAUCCUUAAUUAAAUUUAAUUGAAAAGAAAUUAAGCAUAUACAGAAUGAAAGAAAGUUAAAUUGGUUGAAUGGUUGACUGGUUUUGCAAAUUUUAAGAUGAAUUUUAAGACACUUUUCAUUAACCUCAGUUCUAAGGAGAAUAUAUUUAUAUACAGAAGUAGAAUUCUGUAGAAUUCUUUAAAUGUAAAUGUAACUAAUUUAGCCCAUGUAUUUUAAUUUGCAGGUAAGCUUGCUGGAUGAAUGGUCCUGCUCCUCUUUACUGCAUGGUCAAAAGUAGUGAUAAUCUAGGACAGAGCCUAGCUGGUGUCUAAUAUUUACAGUUGAAGAUGUUGCGCUAUCUGAUCAUUCUCUUUACGCUUCUCAUGACUGCUGUAAACGUCCGAGCACAAUGUGAGAGACCUGCUGUUGGAGGAAACCGGAUUUUGACUGAUGAUUCAGACCAACAAACUUUUCCUGAUGGAUCCACUGUAAAGUUCAGAUGUUCCUCUGGUUAUGUGCCUGUGAGAAUAUCAGCAUCCAGGUCAAUCACCUGCACCGGAACCCAAUGGAGCAAACUCGAAUUUCUAUGCAAAAAAAAAUCCUGUGGAAAUCCUGGCGAGAUCCACCAUGGAAAGUAUUUAUUUCCAGAAGGAAUUCUGUUUGGUGCAACAAUCACAGCACAAUGUAAUGAAGGUUUUUGGCUUGUUGGACAACCAAGCAGAAAUUGCAGAGAAACAGGUUGGGAUGGGAGAGCUCCUGUAUGCAAAGUGGCGAAGUGUCUAAAGCCUCCCAGUAUAACAAAUGGUAUCUUUGAUCCUGUGGAAGACUCAUAUGAUUAUAGAGAAGCAGUCAUAUACUCUUGUAAGAGAGGUCUUGAUCUUAUUGGACCUUCAGAAAUAACAUGCUCCGGUGAUGGAACUUUUCAGCCUCCUCCUCCUCGGUGUCUAUUUGUGUCCUGUGAGAGUCCAAAAAUCCCAAACGCAGUUCGAAUUGAAGGAAGAGGGCCACCUUAUAAAUAUAACAAUUUUAUCCGCUACCAGUGUAAUAAAGGCUACAGAAUGGAAGGGUCCGAUUUCCUGACCUGUAAGGAAGAUGGGUGGAAUCCACCUCCUCCUCAGUGCACUGUUAUAACGUGCUUAGAACCUCCUGCUAUAGACAAUGGACUAUUUGACCCUCUGAAGGAGUUGUAUGAAUACGGACAAACAGUCACAUACUCUUGUAAUGAAGGUUUUAGACUUCGUGGAGCUUCAACAAUAGCUUGUACUGAUGAUGGAACAUUUCAGACUUCUCCUCAGUGUCAAGAGAUCUCCUGUGAUCCACCAGCCAUCCCAAACGCAGUUAUCGAUGAAAGCUUACCACGUUACAGAUACGGUGUAUCAGUCCAAAUCAGGUGUAAUAAAGGCUACAGAAUAGUGGGGUCUGAUGAACUGAUGUGUUGGAAAUAUGGAUGGAUUCCACCUCUCCCGAAGUGUAUCGAGGUGACCUGUGAUGUACCCAACAUUAGCAAUGCAGUCGUAGUUGGAAGAAAGGCAUCAUCCUAUAACUAUAACAUGUCCAUCCGGUACCAGUGUGAUAAAGGCUACAGAAUGGAGGGGUCUGACCUCCUGACCUGUGAGGAAAAGGGAUGGAAUCCACCUCCUCCAAAGUGCAACAUUGUGACCUGUUUAAAACCUCCUGUUAUAAACAAUGGACACUUUAACCCCCUGAAGGAGAAAUAUGAAUAUGGACAAACAGUCACAUACUUGUGUAAGAAAGGGUUUAGACUUCAAGGUGCUUCAACAAUAUCAUGUAGUGACGAAGGAACAUUUCAGCCUUCUCCUCAGUGUCUGGAGGUGACCUGUGAUGAACCCCAAAUUAAACAUGCAUAUAUAAUUGAAGGCAAAUCGACAUAUUACGGAUAUAAAUCAUCGGUCAGGGUCCAGUGUAAGACUCUAUACAAGAUGGAAGGGUCUGAAUACCUGACCUGUGAGGAAGACGGAUGGAAUCCACCUCCUCCACGGUGCCAUUUCAAUCUCAAGUUUUUACUAAACCAGAAAAUUUGUUCUCUGGUCAAUAUGUGCUCCAGCGCUCUUACAACAGAGGAAACUUCACCAAAAAGCAUGUACUGAAAGUGACCCAUACAGAUCGUCCCAGACUCUCUCCGGCUAAUUUAAACAUUUGGAGACUUUCAUUCAUCAGUGUAAUUUGGUCAAGAUUUGGACGAGUGUCCAGACAUCUUGCUUUAGGGUACUGAAUAACCUUAGCAUUUAUCUAUAAAGACAAUGUAUGCUUGCUUUUCAAAUCAAAGUCUGCUCUAUUCUCUAUUUUUGCAAAUCACAUAAUUGUACAACUACCACACCAAUUAUGAGUGACUUCUAAUGUUUGCCUUUUCUGUGUUACGUGAAUUUUUUACAGAAUGUUGAAUCAAGUUUGUGUAACUUUGGGUAAGUUCACAGACUGAGCUGGAUAUGAAACACAUCAACUAUUAGCAUUUUCUUUGCAUUAAAAUAUGCUAUAAAAAAUUCUAUUUUGUGACUGUCUUAUGCUUUACACGUUUUUUGUUUUAAACACAUUCAGUCAGUGUGACAUGAUUUCUGAAAUGCAUGCAUCAUUUUGACCAAAAUUAUUUCCUUAUUUAUUUACGCCGUGAUUCAUCUCAGUCAGUCAGAGAAACUGUCACCUGGAGCACCCAGAAUAAUGCUGAAACAUUAAAGGGCAUAUUUCCAUAUUGCACAUGCCACUUGACACGGAUCAUGUCAAUUAUUCUGAAGAAACCUGUUCUAAACAUAAACAGACUCUAGCACCCUGGGUCUUGAGUGAAGGUCAAAAAAAAGCCAAAAGAAUAUUUUCUCAUAUUUUAAUACCAAAAUGUUUGUGCACCUUAUGGUUAAAAUAAUAAUUAAUAUUAAUGAACUGAAAGAUACAUAACAAUGGUUAUGUUAAAUUAACAGUUUAACGGUUAAUUCUAUUAAAGCAAUACGU